GGAAAUUUCCUCUCUUCUGGUCCUGUAGCAAGAAGCAACGUCAGACUUACACACACCGUCCGUCCGUCACAGGGAUCCCAACCCUCUACCACGUCCAAGGCGAAACCCGAACGCCCAUCGAACCAGUCUCCUUUGUAGCCUACUACAACUUUGACAAAGACCCGGCCAGGUGCCCAUCCCGCCCGACUUCUCCGUCGUAGCGGGCAACUCCAAGGCCGCCACCGAAGCGGACCUGAUUGCGGGGUCCGACAUGACCUGGCUCUGCCAGAACCAGGCGUUCGACGCGGGCGGGAAAGACCACGCGCAGUUCCCGCAGGACACGUGCUCGACCUCGUUGCAGGCUGUCUUGUGGUUCCCGGACUGCGUCGACGAGACGACGCUCAAAUCUGCAUAUUCUGAUAAGAAGAGCGGGACGUGUGCGGCGGGGAUGAAGAGGAUGCCGCAGUUACGGUUUAGUAUUCGGUAUGAUACGAAAAGUGCGGUGUCGGAGGGGUGGAAGGGUGGGGAUCCGCCUAUUGAGCUUGCGUGUGGCGGGAGUCGGUGUUUUCACGGGGAUUUUGUGAAUGGGUGGCUGGAGGAGGCGGCGAGGACUAUGGUUACGGGGUUGAAGAGUAAGAGGGAGUUUGAGGCUGUUGAUGGGCCGAAUGGGAAGGCUAGGGCGGGGAGUGUUUGUGAGAGGGAGGCGAGGGAUGCGGAUCCGGGGAAUGGGCGGAGAGUGUGAAGUUGAUGGGGGGCGGGAAGAGGAG